AUGGUUGACUGCCUUUCUGAUAAAAAAGAAUCUUUGCAGAAAGUUUACACCAUUUCUACUUCUCAAGGUGUCAACUUUAGUCCCCUAGUUCAGGAAAAUCCUCCUCCUUUUGUAACUCAUGUCGCAUCCUUUAUUGUUGAGGCUACUUCACCUACUACUAGAGCUGAUCAACUUGCUCCUAUUACUGCAAUUAUAACUAUUGAGGAUCAGACAAGAUCCUCUUUUGCUCCAACGAAGAGAGAUUGGGAUCAGGACCAAAGUACCACUUUCAAGGAAGAUUCCCCUAAAUGGUCUCGUCUUUCCAAGGAUAACGCUUCGGGAUCAACUACUCCUCUUCUCAUAGUACUUGCAAUCAUCCAUGCUUGGAUUCCCCAUACUCUUGAGAAUGUUGUUGCUUCUAUGUCUGAAGAGGAUCUGACCUACCUCCAAAAAUUCUUGAGACGGAUAAGAUAG